CUUCCUGCCCUCCCCCGACGCCCUCACUCUCCGUCGCCGUUCGCCGCCGCCGCCGCCGCCGCCGCCGCCCGUGAAACCUAGUUCCCCCUCCAAGGCUGCACCACCGCCCCAAACAGAGAUGGCGGACUCGCCCUCCUUCCGCCGCCACCCGCUCCCCUUCUCCGUCGACCUCGUCCGCUGGGUCCCGUCCACCGCAUCCGCCUCCUCCGGCCGCCUCCUCGCGGCGGCCGUCCACGACCCCUCCGUGCCCGCCUCCUCGCGCCUCAGCCUGCUCCCGCUCCACGACCCGGCCUCCCCGCUCGCCUCCCUCCAGCUCCCCUCCCGGACCACGGCCCUCCGCUGCUCCCCCUCCGUCCUCGCCGCCGCCACCUCCUCCGGCUCCCUCCACCUCCUCCCCUCCUCCUUCGACACCGGCUCGGCCGUGUCCGUUCCCAGCGGCGCGGGGUUCCACGUGGGGCCCGUGCGCGGGCUCGACUGCGGCGGCGACGAGUGGGUGACGGCAGGGGAGGACGGCAGGGUGCACGUGGUGUCGGACGGCGGCGACGGCAGGGUGGUGGCCAGGAGGGUCUGGGACGGCAAGGGCAUGUCGGGGUACGAGGCGGCGCGGUGGGCGUCGUCGGCGGAGUUCGCCACCGGCGGCGCCGGCUGCGGCGUGCAGUGGUGGGACCGCAGGAAAGGGGACGCCGUGGUGGCGCAAUGCAAGGGCGUCUGGGGUCAUGGCAUCACCACCGGCAUGGUGCAUUCCAUUGAUAUACAUCCAUCAAGAAAGCACAUCUGUGUGGUGGGGGGCUCCUCGGGAACAAUAUUUGCUUGGGACCUACGCUGGGCACAGCAGCCAAUACCACUCUCUUUUGUAGGCCUUGACGAAACAGCACAACCCGUGUGUGAGAGUGAGGUCUGGGAGGUUCUUUUUGACAACUACACACAAUCUUCUGAUAUUAUCUCGUCCGUGUCAACAAGAAUAUUACCUGUGAUGCUGUGCUCAGAGGACGGAAUCCUUGCAAUCGUCGAACAAGAUGAGAGACAUGUUGAAUUGCUUGCCGAGGCCUGCGCUAUCAACUCCUUUGAUAUCGAUCCUCAGAACCCUUCGGAUGUGGUUUGCGCCCUGGAAUGGGAAUCGAUUGGUGUGCUUACACGCGGAAGGGAUGCAAUGGCACAAGAAUGAAUAGUUGAAUACUUUCACUCUCUGGCAAGUUUCCAUGCAUGACUUCCUGUGAUUGCCUGGCGAGUAACUGCUCGAGGAAUCAGGGUAAGCAUCUUCCGGGGAUGCCUACACGCUAUCCCUUUGUUGCACAUCAGCUAUCUAGAAGAAUAGAAGAGGCAUGUUUGGAGUAUACUCCGUUCGCGGCUUUGUGUAACUUGCCUAUGCUGUUGUACCCUGGUAGUGUGACAGAUGAUUCGAAGAAUCUUUAUUGUCAUCGUAAUCGUGGAUGUGUAAAAAUUACUGUAACUCUGGAUCAUGCAUAGCUAUGGUUUGGUUUUCAGCAUAGGUGACAUCAGAAGAUAUUUUUACUGUUCUGGUUUCAGAACUUUUGCCUAGUGAA